CCAUUUUGGCUCGAGUCGAGUCCUUUUGACUUGAAGUUGUGCGCCCCCAAAGCGUCAGACCCUACAGGUGCCACGUGCACGCUCCCAGGCGCCGGGCGCGAGAUGCAGAUCGCAGGCGCGUCCUCCGCGCUCGUGGUUCCUCUGGUCUUUGGGCCGGUGUACGCAAGUGCCUACAGCAGGUUCUUCGCCGAGCAGGUGGGGAAGGAUCCGAGCGCGGCGCUGCAGAGGUUUGGGUGGGUCUGCGUGUUUGUGUCGAAGGUACUGUUCACCAAGCUGAUCCCUGAGAGCUACGCUAUCGCAGAGCUCUGCGGGCUCACUCCGUCGACUUCGGGGCUCCUCGUCAGCGUCUACGCCGGGGCGCAUAUGAUCGGCUACGGGGUAUUGUGGGGCAUGUUCAGGUCAGGCGCCCAGAAGUUAGACAGCGCCGAGUUGUUCUCAGCCUAUGCCAUGGCCGCCAUCUGCCUCACCAUCGGCACCGUGGGUUUCGCCGCAGUCAUGCCGCACGUGGAGUACUUGCCGGGCGCUUGGUCUCGAGGUGGAGCAUUGCUCCUCUGCCGCGCCAUUGCGGGCGUUGGCGGGGGCAUGAUGGUCUAUGCAGCCUUGAACGUCGCGUCCAGCAACGGCACGCUAGAGCAGAAGAGGGAAAACACGGCAUGGCUCACGGUCGCAAGCGCCGCGGGGGCUGGUUGCGGACCAAUCCUCGCUUCCGCCUCUCAGAGCAUUCGCCAAAUCAUGUCCGUGGAUGGGUUCCAGUUUUACGACGACGUGUUGCUCUGCUUGGCCGUGUGCAUGGGCGUCAGCAGCCUUCGGGGCUUGAGCAGAGACACUGCCGAGCACGCGGCGUUCCAGAAGGUCCAGAAACCACCGGAAGAAACGCCUCCUCAGCUUCGCGCCGCGUCGAAGCGCGCGCUGCUGUGGUGCGCAAGCCUCUGCUGCAUCAGGACGUUCGUGAUGAGCGGGGCCGAGGUGGCCACGGCUCUCAUCCUCGAGGAGAGCGCGAGCUGGUCGAGGGUGAGCAUCGGGCUCGCGAUCGGGGCCGCGUUCCUCCUGACCUGGCCGGUCCAGGCGGUGCUCGACCUCACGCACUUCGGCACCACGGCGGCGUCCGCGCAGGUCCUGCUCGGGGGCGCCCUGCUGGCGGCCCUGAUGAUGUCCCGCUCCAUGGCGGCGCCGCUAGGCUCGUCGUGGUCGCUGCUGGCGGCGGACACCAUCCUCCUGCCGCAGUUGAUGGUGGUGGGGGGGUACCUCGACGGCAUCAUGCUCUCGCUCCCCAGCCUCGCUCCUGGUCCGGGCAUGCCGUCGCAGCACGACGUGCAGCUCCUGCGCGGCGUCUGCACGGACGGGCUGGGACGCCUCCUGGGUCCCCCGGUUGCCCGAUGGAUCGCGACGUCUUCCGGGUUCUGCGACGGGCAGGACCUCUACAGCAUUGUGCAAUUCUGCGGGAUCGCUGUCAUGAUCGUCGUGUUCAAGACGUUCGUGUUUCCAGCUUACGACGAGGCAAGGCGCUGGGCCCAGCGAGGGGAGCUUGGCGAGUGCGCUGCAUCGGACGCGCCAUUGCUCGGCGAUCCCCCGCGCGAGGCCAGCGAGGUCCAGCCCAGCAUGAGGGCGGACAUGUACGGUGAGUACUGGGUCUCGCUGCCAGCCCGCCUGGCGCAUGACAAACUCACAGAAGGCCCGUUCAACCUGGACAGUCAUGCGGGCGCGGGGCAGCGCCUGGCCCUGGUCAUCCGCGGCGAAUCCUUCCGCGAGGGGCGGCAGCAUUCUCGUGCAGUUGGGUCGGAUGCUGCAGUCGGCGAGCAGAUGCUCGCGUCGGCGUCGCACAUGAGCCUCAUCGUGGAACCUUUCCGUCAAGCAGGCUACGAUGUCGAGAUCUUCCUGCAGACCAGGCACAUCAACGACGAUCUCACGGAGAAGCUGCACAGCUGGUACGGGGACACCGUGACGAGGACCGAAUUCUCUGACAACACCCAGAGCGCCUACAAGCCUCGCAAGUACAACCAAGCGACAGGCAAGUUCGAGACGGGCCCUGAUUACACGCCGCGCGUGGCAGGCAGCGGCUUGGUGGCGUCGUGGGAGCUGUGCAUGAUGAACCUCGCGCGGUCCCUCGACGAGCAGAAGCGAGAUUUCAGCCACGUCCUCGUGAUCCGAGCGGACCAGGUCUUCAAAGUGAACGUUGGGCAGAUCCUCCUCAACCUGGACGCCGAGGACCGCGACAAGAUCCUCUACGCGAACAAGCACGUCGUGCACGGCCCAGACGGACAGCCCAUCGAAGAGGGCCAGUGUCCCUCAGGGAGGCGCUUCUUCGGCGACAGGUGGGACAGCGCUGACGGUACGCCGAGCGUCAGCGAUCAGUUCCAUUGGUUCCCCUUCGGACUUGCAAACGUCAUGAUGAAGUGCGGCUUUCCUGGCCACCAGGGGUGGGACAAGCACCGGGCGUGGGUCGGCGAGGCACGCUUGGGCUUCCUGACCCCGGGGCCCUUCGAGUCCGACCCGUCCAAGGGGUGGAACCCGCUGUUCCGGCUGGCGGGCCGCGCCGAGCAAGAGGCCACAGAGGCAGAGCUCAGCAGGGUACCUCGCGACUGGCCCCAGGUCCAGCCCAGCAUGAGGGCGGACAUGUACGGUGAGUACUGGGUCUCGCUGCCAGCCCGCCUGGCGCAUGACAAGCUCACAGAAGGCCCGUUCAACCUGGACAGUCAUGCGGGCGCGGGGCAGCGCCUGGCCCUGGUCAUCCGCGGCGAAUCCUUCCGCGAGGGGCGGCAGCAUUCUCGUGCAGUUGGGUCGGAUGCUGCAGUCGGCGAGCAGAUGCUCGCGUCGGCGUCGCACAUGAGCCUCAUCGUGGAACCUUUCCGUCAAGCAGGCUACGAGGUCGAGAUCUUCCUGCAGACCAGGCACAUCAACGACGAUCUCACGGAGAAGCUGCACAGCUGGUACGGGGACACCGUGACGAGGACCGAAUUCUCUGACAACACCCAGAGCGCCUACAAGCCUCGCAAGUACAACCAAGCGACAGGCAAGUUCGAGACGGGCCCUGAUUACACGCCGCGCGUGGCAGGCAGCGGCUUGGUGGCGUCGUGGGAGCUGUGCAUGAUGAACCUCGCGCGGUCCCUCGACGAGCAGAAGCGAGAUUUCAGCCACGUCCUCGUGAUCCGAGCGGACCAGGUCUUCAAAGUGAACGUUGGGCAGAUCCUCCUCAACCUGGACGCCGAGGACCGCGACAAGAUCCUCUACGCGAACAAGCACGUCGUGCACGGCCCAGACGGACAGCCCAUCGAAGAGGGCCAGUGUCCCUCAGGGAGGCGCUUCUUCGGCGACAGGUGGGACAGCGCUGACGGUACGCCGAGCGUCAGCGAUCAGUUCCAUUGGUUCCCCUUCGGACUUGCAAACGUCAUGAUGAAGUGCGGCUUUCCUGGCCACCAGGGGUGGGACAAGCACCGGGCGUGGGUCGGCGAGGCACGCUUGGGCUUCCUGACCCCGGGGCCCUUCGAGUCCGACCCGUCCAAGGGGUGGAACCCGCUGUUCCGGCUGGCGGGCCGCGCCGAGCAAGAGGCCACAGAGGCAGAGCUCAGCAGGGUACCUCGCGACUGGCCCCAGGUCCAGCCCAGCAUGAGUGCGGACAUGUACGGUGAGUACUGGGUCUCGCUGCCAGCCCGCCUGGCGCAUGACAAGCUCACAGAAGGCCCGUUCAACCUGGACAGUCAUGCGGGCGCGGGGCAGCGCCUGGCCCUGGUCAUCCGCGGCGAAUCCUUCCGCGAGGGGCGGCAGCAUUCUCGUGCAGUUGGGUCGGAUGCUGCAGUCGGCGAGCAGAUGCUCGCGUCGGCGUCGCACAUGAGCCUCAUCGUGGAACCUUUCCGUCAAGCAGGCUACGAGGUCGAGAUCUUCCUGCAGACCAGGCACAUCAACGACGAUCUCACGGAGAAGCUGCACAGCUGGUACGGGGACACCGUGACGAGGACCGAAUUCUCUGACAACACCCAGAGCGCCUACAAGCCUCGCAAGUACAACCAAGCGACAGGCAAGUUCGAGACGGGCCCUGAUUACACGCCGCGCGUGGCAGGCAGCGGCUUGGUGGCGUCGUGGGAGCUGUGCAUGAUGAACCUCGCGCGGUCCCUCGACGAGCAGAAGCGAGAUUUCAGCCACGUCCUCGUGAUCCGAGCGGACCAGGUCUUCAAAGUGAACGUUGGGCAGAUCCUCCUCAACCUGGACGCCGAGGACCGCGACAAGAUCCUCUACGCGAACAAGCACGUCGUGCACGGCCCAGACGGACAGCCCAUCGAAGAGGGCCAGUGUCCCUCAGGGAGGCGCUUCUUCGGCGACAGGUGGGACAGCGCUGACGGUACGCCGAGCGUCAGCGAUCAGUUCCAUUGGUUCCCCUUCGGACUUGCAAACGUCAUGAUGAAGUGCGGCUUUCCUGGCCACCAGGGGUGGGACAAGCACCGGGCGUGGGUCGGCGAGGCACGCUUGGGCUUCCUGACCCCGGGGCCCUUCGAGUCCGACCCGUCCAAGGGGUGGAACCCGCUGUUCCGGCUGGCGGGCCGCGCCGAGCAAGAGGCCACAGAGGCAGAGCUCAGCAGGGUACCUCGCGACUGGCCCAUUUGCUGA